UUUUUCUCGGGGUGUCGGAGACUAAAGACGCACACGCCGGCGCAUGGGCGUUCGUUUCAGCACCCCAGCCGUGAAUCUGCCGUUUGUGCGGGGAAUCUUGCCCUGAUAGAUCGGGGUGGCGGAUAGAGACGGGGCGCGAGGGAUACGGCAACAGCGUUUUGUCGCUACGAAAGUGGAUUCUUACAACGUUUGUGCUGAGGGGAUAUCGAAAGUAGCCCUAAUAGUUUACUGCAGCAUUUCACAUUCGACUGCAGUGGAAGAUACACAGCAGCCAGUGGCGAAUAGGGCGCGCUCACCACUGCAAUUUCGGGGCAAAGAUUGACUGGCGGCGUCUUGCGGAUACCUGCUCGUGUCUUCGGCAGCGUCCACGACUUUCCCUGCAUUUUACAAAGCGCUUCGGAAGAAUGCAGUUGAGGGAUCUGUAUUAACCCAGCAGCAUUACGCCGUUUCCGGUUCCCAGCUGGUGUUUCCCGAUUGCAAAUCUAUCGGAAAAAAGCAGCGGAUCCCGAUGGCAUGGACACUUACGCAAGGUCUGCCGCGCCGCCGUGCUACUGGAGCCUAUUCGCAGUCUCUUCAGCCUUCAACCCAGCUCCACCGCCAUCGCCCCGCAGCCCUGCCGCAACGCGACCACCGACCAUCGAGCCAAAGCAGGCGGCAUGAGGAGGCUUGAUUCGGUACACUUAUCCAUGCUGCUCAUCGGGGUCUCCUUCGCCUGCUACUCCCCGAGUCUGAAUUCCCUGCAGGACCAGGCUUACAGAUCCGCCGUGGUGAUUGAGGGCAAGGUGCAGUCCGCGCCUCAGAACGUCUCAGCGGAGCCGUACAGUGUGAAUGUCAAAGUCCUGGACGUGUGGCCGCGAAACAGCGGGGGUCUGGAGCGGGAGCAGCUCGUCACCGUGGGGGAAUUUGGCUCGGAGGCUCCGUGCGCCAAAGUGAAGAAGAAUCACAAGUAUAUAUUUUUCAUGGACCCAACUGAUGAACCCUUGGUUUUUAAAGCGUCAUUUGCGCCCUUAGAUACAAGUGGGAAAAACCUGAAAAAAGAUCUUGGGAGGAUCUUGUGUGAAGACUGCGCUGCUCCUCCCUCACUGAAGCGCAUGAAAAAUCCUGUGUUGGUGGACGAAGGAAGCAGGCUGAUUGUAAGGUGUGAGGCCUCCGGCAGCCCCACCCCGCAGUACAAGUGGUACAAAGAUGGCGCUGAACUGAAGAAGAGCAAAGAGAUCAAAAUUUCCAGGAACGGCAAGAAAACUUCCAAAGUUCAGAUCAGCAGUGCAAAGCUGGAGGAUUCUGGGAAUUACACAUGUGUGGCAGAGAAUAUUCUGGGGAAGGACAACGGCACCAGUACAGUGCACGUACAAAGCAUAACCACAACAUUAUCUCCGGGUUCGGGCCACGCCAGAAGAUGCAACGAGUCAGAGAAGGCAUACUGCGUGAAUGGCGGCGACUGUUACUACAUACAUGGUAUAAAUCGGCUAUCCUGCAAGUGUCCAAAUGACUUUACUGGUGAUCGCUGUCAAACCUACGUUAUGGCCAGUUUCUACCAGUCUCUUGGGAUUGAAUUUAUGGAGGCAGAGGAGCUCUAUCAGAAGAGAGUCCUGACAAUCACCGGCAUCUGUGUGGCUCUUUUGGUGGUGGGCAUAGUCUGCGUGGUGGCCUACUGCAAAACUAACCUCCCCCCCAGGAAACAGAGGAAGAAGAUGCACAAUCAUCUGAGGCAGAACAUUUAUGUGGAUCAUCCCAACCGCAACUUGGCCAACGGACCCAAUCACCCAGGACCUGGUCCUGAGGAGAUACCCAUGUAUAUCUCCAAAAAUGUACCGGCGACUGAGAGAGUCAUUAGACACGGAGCAGAGGCACCUUUUCCUGGCAGCCGGCAGUCUUCCAGAUCCCACAACUCCUCCACCCGGGCUCAUUCCUCCACUCACAGACAUGAAGGGAGAACGUGGAGUCUGGAGCGAACAGACAGCGUCCUCUCCGACUGUCCUUCCGGCAUGAUGUCGUCCUCAGUGGGGACCAGUAAAUGCAACAGUCCUGCGUGCAUGGAGGCGCGGGCCAGGCGUGCCGCACACUGUGGCUUUACUGAGCCCCACCGGCCGGCCCUGCAGUACGGCGACUCUUUCGACUCGCUUGGGGACUCUCCGCACAGCGACAGGUACGUGUCGGCGCUGACCACUCCAGCUCGCCUGUCUCCCGUGGACUUCCAUUACUCACUGCCCCCACAGGUGCCUACCUUCCAGAUCACGUCUCCCAACGCCAGCCACGCAAUGUCUCUGCCCCCCGCCGCCCACGCUCCCUACCCGCCGGAGGAGGACCAGCCGCUGCUGCGGCGCUACCAGGUGCCCCUGCAUGAGGCGCGGGGCCACGAGCCCUACCGGCAGCAGCAGCGCGGCAGCUACCUGCGAGACAGCACCGGCAGCCUUCCCUCCAGCCCCUACCGGCUGGCUCAGGAGGAGGAGUACGAGAGCACCCAGGAGUACCUCUCCUCGAUGGAGCAACCAAAGAGAAGCAGUCGGCACUGGCGCAGGUCCAGACUCAACGGCCACGUGGCGCCACGCGGCUACCAGCCCUCCCGGGACUUAGGCUCGCGCAGCUGCCUGUCGGACAGUGACUCGGAGGGGGAGGAAGGUGAGAGCACGCCCUUCCUCAGUAUGCAGAACAUGAAUGCCGCCGAGCCCAUCACCCUCUACAGGCCCGUGCCCGACACGCAGACUUCUCACGCCCAGAGCGGGCGGCACGGGCCACGCGCCAACACACAGACCAGACUGACGCACUCGCGCUCCAAAAUGGACAAUGCACCCCACUAGAGAAACCACCACCUAUCCACAAAAACCGAUCUACUAUAGACAUGCACCUAUAAGAAAUAUUUUUAUUUUAUAUAACUGACAGAUAUUGUAAACAAAUGAAAUAUUUAUUUUCAUUUUAGCAAAAGUUGUCUACUAGUUAACAGCAAAGACUUUUUUUAUAGGGAAAACUCUAUUUAUAUGUACACUUUGAUUUACAGCAUAAAAAAGAUGUGCCAAUUUUUUCACAACUUAAAAAAAAAAAUAGAGUAAUAUUGUGGUGCCUUUUGCUGUAUGCUGAGGGCCAGAGGGCCAGUGGAGUUUUUUGUAGCCUUUCUUAUACGGACGCCUCAUUUUUUAUACUCGUUUACUCUUUUGUUGUCUCUUUUUGGUCUUUUUUCCCUUACUUUCCUUUCCAGGUUGUGUUCUUUUGGGAGCUGACCCCCAUUUGAACUGUGACAUCCCCCCUCCCCCCCCUCCCACCGUCAUGCAAUAUAAACCACUCUAACAUAAGGUGUAUGUUUACAUGAAUUUGAUCCACAGAGAUGUUUUAUGAUCAUGUUGCUUUGCCAACAGGAAAUCGAUGACAAAUGCAAUCGGGGGUUCGGGAAAAAAAAAAGUACGAGUGUGCGUGUGUGAGUGUGAACGACCAAAUGCAAGAGGCCUCGAAAUGACUGUGGCUCUGAGAAAUAUGCUGCAGGUGUGUAGACUUACGCAUGUGGGCACUUGAUGUCGUCUUAUGGAUGCACCGCCUUGACUUGCUUUGCAUCCCUACAGGGUAAAGGUGCGGUCACAUUUACCAUUGUUCGGCGAAUUUUCGUGGGCGAAAUCCAGUCAUUUCAACCGGAAUUCAAUGUGAAUUUCAGGUGAGGUUCGUUGGCUGCAUUGACCGACAGAAAAUUGUUUGGUUUGAAAGCGACUCCUGUGUGCGCGGGGUUUUUUUUGCCCUCAAAUUUUUGCUAAUGUGACCGCACCUUGAGGUUUGUCACACGGAAGCCUUCUCUUUCCAAAGGGGAUUGUGGGUUAAAUGUGAGGGGGCCGUGGGCCGGGCUGUCAGUGCUAAAAGCUUUUCAGAGAUAACAAAGAAAUAAAGAACAUAUAGUCUCUCCCACUCAACCCACUUUCCCGUCAUUUAGUAGAAUCGCCCCCAUUAUCUGCACAUCCAUCCGGUUAGAGCGGCCAGUGGAGAGAUAGACGGAGGGAUGGAAAGCCUCACAGCGUCUCAGGACCUCACUCCACUGCACAUCUUCCUCUAGCGCAGAACUGAAGAGAGACUGACAUCAGGCUGAUGGAUGUGAUCGCUCCACCAAUUGGUCCUGGUACUUUGGGACAGGGAGAGUAAAGGGACCGUUCACACAGGACACUUUCUUCUGUAGUUUUUUAACUGUUGCUGUUUGAUGCAUUCCAUUCGGAAAUGGGAUAUUCCUAUCUGCUAUCUGAUAUUUCCAACUUGUAAUCAUAAAGGCCGAACCCUUGGAAUAUGGUGUAUAAAGAAACAAAUUGCAUUUUUCACAUACAUACAGUACACAUAUAUAUAUAUAUAUAUAUAUAUAUGUAGUAAUAUUAUUUAUUCUAUUAUUUACAAUACAUUUAAAAUAUAUUAUUGCAGCAUAAGUGCACUUUUUUUUCUUUUGUUUGUGCCAUGAAUGUCACAUUUUCAGAUGCCAUGCCAAGUUCAACUCUGGCAUGCAAAAGAGUGGAUGAGUAUCAGUGAAAAAUAGAAAAAUAACAGACCAAUCAAAUGAAUAUGAGGGUGUGAUAAGCAUGUUUAUAUUUAACAACAAUUCAUGGGUUGGGUUAUGAUACUCUUUUCAAUUCUGUCCAGGAUUUAGCUGAUUUUAAUGUUCGAAUGUGUCCUGUGUGAACGGCCCUGAAAAGUUCCCGAACACGCAAUCAGAUACACACACAAACACAGUCUCAAAUGACAAGACAAAUAGCUGUGAAAAUUAUUAGGUGUCAUUAAAAUACCAAAAUAUGCAAACUUUAUAUUCUACUUGUGUUCCAAUGCAUUUCAUGUGUUUUUUUUUUGUUUUUUUUUUUUGUGUGUGUAAUGUGGAGACUACAUGUUUCCUGUUGUUGUUUAACUUUAAGUCAAUGUUUUUCAUUAGGUCCACAUAUUUCAUAAUUAUUUAAUAUAUUCGCAGUUAAUCUAAGACACCAAAUAGUGCAGGUCAUUAUUAUUAUUUUUAUUAUUAUUAUUAUUAUUAUUUUAUAUUGAAUGCUAUACCAUCAUUCUUUUUCAUAUGUGACUCCAUGUCCAUUUUGAAACACUCACUGGGCCCAAACCAAACCAGAAACAUCUGUACUGACUGACUCUGUUUGGAUAAAAAUACUCCAACAUUAAGAAACAGUCAGUAUGGAUAAGUCUGAGAUGGAGUGUACUAAAAUCAACUGUUUUAACUCUUCACCUUCUACAAAGAGUGUCCACAGUCAGCAUCAGCUUGCCUCCUUGUUGUAAAGAUGUAAAGAAUAAUAUGUUGAGGGAGGUGAAGUCAAUUGGUUUUGGCAAAGAAAAUCAACACCAAAUAACGGAGGAAGAGUAGAACUAGACAGAUCCGUGAUAAAUAUGUUUUCAUGCACUUCUUCUAUAUAUAUAAAAAAGAGAUGAGUUGUGAUUAUUUUGGUGAAAAACCAAUGUACAAGUCCUGGUAAAAGGGGUGUAAUGCUGUGUUAUGACAGCACAAUGGAAUAUCGUUUUGUAUUUUAAAUGAAGAGAUAUUUUGUUUGGAGUUUGAGCAGAAAUUAUUUUGAUCCCCUACCUUUCUUCCUUACAUUUUGGGUCUUAUUUGUAUGUUUGAGAAAUGCCAAAAAGACAGUGCUCUAGUUAGUUUAAAUGUGAUAUCGCUACUCAACGGUUAUGUCCUGCCAGUUUAUUUCUAUUUCGUUUCCCCCCGCUUGAAACGUCUAAACACCUCACCUCUGCAUGUCCUUGUGGUCAAGGUUAGAUGGGUGCAUGGUACAAGCAGCAGAUGAUUUUUUUUUUCCCUCAAGUCAGUGGAAGUGUAUUUAUUUAUUUUUUUUACAUUCAGCAAUAAAAAAAGGAAUAUUUCCCCCCACCAUGUCCAUUCUUGGAAAAUGCUAGAGGAUUUAAAAAAAGUGAGACAAACACACACGACUGUCAUAGAUUGUAAAAAUAAAAUGAAAACACCUGUUCAUAUGAGAAAAUAAAUCUUUCUUGGUAUCAUUUUGACACAUGCCCAUAUCUGACCUGUUGUCUGUCUCAUCUGUGUGGCUAUAGAUUUUUACAGCUCAGAUCAAACCCAUGGUAAAAUGUCUUUUCCAACUGACACAGAACCAGAAAUGCUGGGAAGAGACUAAUUCUGAGUUUUGUGCGUUUAUUAGACAAUAUGUUCACCCAUUUUUUGUU